UGUAAUACGCCUACUACUGUUUUGCUCGCUACCGCUAUGGUAGCUACGUACGAUAGUAAGGGUAAUAAACAAUUUGUAAGGGUUUUGCUGGAUUCUGCAUCGCAAAGUCACUUCAUUACCAGCGAAUGUUGUGAUCGUUUGGGGUUACGGCAGAAUACCAUUCAACGUACUACUGUGAGGGGCUUCGGGGGAACGGAGAGGGCAUCCCACGGGACAGUAGACUUACAGUUUUUCUCGCGCUUUAAUAAUAACAUAAAAUACAAAAUCAAUUCUUUAGUUGUUGAUAAGAUUACUGACAAUUUACCUACCGCUUAUGUCUACUCCACCGCCCUGCCAUAUCUUAAUAAAAUAGCAUUGGCAGACGACCAUUUCGCUACGCCCAACAAAAUCGAUGUUUUGAUUGGUGCUUCGCUGUUUCCGCAUUUGAUUCUUCCCGACGACGUGGUCUCCAGUGGACCAUCGGGGCCGCCCGCUAUUCAUACAGUGCUAGGCUACGUACUCAUGGGAGUCGUGCCUGCGCUCGCCGCCCGCCCAGCAUACGUGACGUCAUGCUGCGCCAUAGUGCCACAGCAGCCUAUGGAUCAUUUAAUUACCCGCUUCUGGGAACUGGAAGAAGUCCCCGGCUCGCCCGUUCAGCACCCCACGGAUGUUGAAUGUGAACAUUUUUACCGCUCGACUACGGAACGUGACCCCGUGACCGGCCGUUACACUGUAGCUCUCCCGUUUGAUAAAGACGUGUUUUUACUUGGGGACUCCUAUAACAUUGCUCGCAAACGUUUUUUGUGUUUGGAGAAGAAGCUCGAGGCUUCUCCAGAGCUUCGUGCCGCUUACGAUGACGUCAUUAAGGACUAUAUUUCCAAAGGUUAUGUGGAGCCACUGACCGUUCCCCCGCAGGCGUCAUCGGACGAUUUGUCCCCGAGCUAUAUAAUCCCGCACCAUGGUGUCCUCCGCGAGGACAAGUCCACCACGAAGCUGCGCCCCGUGUUAGAUGCAAGUUGCAAGACUUCAUCCGGUGUCUCGCUAAACGAGUCAAGUCCCUUCCACGCGCUCCGAACUGUGCAGCAGCUCGUCGACGAUGACGGCGCCGAGUAUCCCCGCGCGGCGGAGAUCGUCCCGUCCUGCCUGUAUAUGGACGAUAUCGCCUUUUCUGUUGAUACAGAACAGGAGGCGGUGGACGCAGCAAAACAGCUGAUUCAAAUGUUCAAGGGUGCCCAGUAUCCCGAGCUCAAGAUGUGA